ACCGUCGACGUUCUAAUGAACUUCUGUGGACACAAAUAUCGGUCGACAUUGAUCCAAACGGAAUCGUCAAUUACACACAAGUCCAGUACGUGUUCCAGUAUUCCAGUUAACGACGUCAGUCUGUACCGUCUCGUCUCCAGACUCACCCUUGACUCCAUCCGUCAGCCAAUCCCACUGUUCAACUCUGGUGAGAGCGCAUGGGUCGGUGCCAUGGCCGUCAUCACCGGAUGGGGUACCCUCACUCAGGGUGGCAGCACCCCCACUGUCCUUCAAACCGUCAGCGUCCCCAACGUCUCCAAAAGCUCCUGCAACAGUGCCUACAGUAUGUGGGGCGGUCUUCCCCUUUUUCAAAUCUGCGCUGGAUACCCUGAGGGUGGCAAGGACGCUUGCCAGGGUGACUCUGGCGGCCCGCUUGCCAUCAAUGGCCGUCUUGCUGGUAUUGUAUCAUGGGGUAACGGAUGCGCCCGCCCUGGAUUCCCUGGUGCCUACACUGAGGUUGCUGCCUUCCGUGACUGGAUUAUGACCAACUCUGGUGUAUAAACAUCUUCGCUUUUUUUAGGCGCGACCGCAUGGACCAUGCGGAAGUGCCUUGUUUGAUUGAACAUCACUUGACUGAUUAUAACGACAGUGUACCCAUAAUCUGAUUGUGAGGGUGCAUCCGCUAUUGGAUAAACUAUUUCAUUCGAUUUUUUCAAAUAAAAUGACUUACUCAGUAACGUCAA